GUUGGACUGACGUGCUUUGCGCUUUUCCGGUCAGUGCUCGUUCCGGCGGGCGGUGAAUUGCGUCGUCACUCCCCGUUUGCGUCAUCGCGGGGUCUCAUGGAAUCAUGCCAUAGCUUCAUAAACACCAAAAGCUGUCUCCGCAAACCACCAACCCUUUCCAAUACUCCAUUGCAAUUGUUGUCCAGAUCUCUCGAAAAGCACCAUGUCAUUAGCGCCUAAAUUCGCAGGCCAGAAGCUGGCGUCCGGCGUCCCGACUGUCCACACACUGGAGCUCUACCUCGACUAUGUCUGUCCCUUCUCCAAGAAGAUGUUCAACACGCUCUACGACUCGGUCCUCCCCACCAUAAAGUCCAAGUACGCGUCGCAGCUGCAGAUCAUCUUCCGCCAGCAGAUCCAGCCCUGGCACCCCUCCAGCACGCUCGUGCACGAGGCCGGCGCCGCCGUGCUGCGUCUCCGCCCCGACAAGUUCUACGACUUCAGCAAGGCGCUUUUUGACCAGCAGACCGAGUUCUUUGACGUCAGCGUCGUGAAUGAGACCCGUAAUCAUACGUAUAAGCGCCUUGCGAAGAUCGCUGGCGCGGUUGGCGUCGACGAAAAGGACGUCUAUGCCCUGCUGGAGAUAGCGGACAAGCCGGGCAGUGAUGGCGCGUUGAAUACAGGGAACAAGGUCACGGAUGAUGUCAAGGUUAUGGUUAAGACGAAUCGCCUCGUCGGAAUCCAUGUCACGCCUACCGUCGUGUUCAAUGGCGUCGUCGAAAACAGCAUCUCCAGCAGUUUCACAAAGGAGCAGUGGGAAGAGUGGCUGCAGAAGAAUAUCGUCUAGAAAGCGACUAGGCUCUUUCCGAACUACUAACGCAUUUAUGACAUCCCAAUAGCUUGAUAAUGAUAGCAAGACAAAUAUGACACAUCACCUAGUUCGAGAUAUUGGUACUCAAAAGCUUGCUAAAGAACAAAUAAGCUUCUCCCAG